UCACGUUGUAGGCUCGUUGGUUUCACCAGAUAUUGCCUCUUCAUUGGUGAUGUCAUAUCAGUGUCCCCGUAGCAUCAUCUCUCCUCCAUAAAUACCCUUCUGAGGGCGUGUGGCUUCCACAAGCCUUCUUCUUAUCUCCUUCAUCCAUUUUCGUCCCUAAUAUCCCUCUUUGCUUUCUCUUCUCUCUUUGCUUCCUCUCAGUUACUUCAUGGCAACCCUAGAAGUAGAAGCCAGCAACCAACCAAUCCCCAAGGAAACCACACUUGAUAUACCUGAAAAUGAUUCUGAGCUUCAGAUCACUGACCAAGAAAUCAAAAUAAACUACUCCCAAAGGGCACAGUGGCUGAGAGCUGCAGUUCUUGGAGCCAGUGAUGGAUUGGUCUCUACAGCAUCGUUAAUGAUGGGAGUAGGAGCUAUAAAGCAAGAUGUAAAAUCCAUGAUUAUUACUGGUUUUGCAGGAAUGGUUGCCGGAGCGUGUAGCAUGGCGAUCGGAGAGUUUGUGUCGGUGUACUCGCAGUAUGACAUAGAGGUUUCUCAAAUGAAGAGACAACAUAAAGCUUCAGAUGAUGGAAAAGAAAGUCUGGAUGAGGGGGAGAAAGAAGAUCUCCCAAGCCCACUCAAGGCGGCUGGAGCAUCUGCUCUUGCCUUUGUUGUUGGAGCCUUGGUCCCAUUGUUAUCAGCUUCUUUUAUAAAGGGUUAUAAGGUGAGAUUGGGGGUGGUAGUUGCAAUAUCUAGCUUGGCUUUGAUUGUGUUUGGGGUUUUAGGUGGUGUCUUAGGAAGGGCACCUGUGAAGAAGUCUUGUUUGAGGGUGUUGAUUGGGGGUUGGCUUGCUAUGGCUAUAACUUUUGGGUUGACCAAGUUGAUUGGGCUAGCUGGAAUAUAAGAUUAGGUUAUCCCUAGCUAGCUAGGUCCUCUUUUUUUUAUUUUUUUAUGAUA